CUCUCAUUCUCUUUCUCUCUCUCGCUCUCUCUCUAUAUAUAGUCUGUAUGUGUGUAUGUAGAUUACAGUACAGCAUUUUAAAAAACUCUCGUGUUUUUGUAUAAUCUGCAGAGUAUAUGUAAUUGAGGGAAGAAUUGAAGGAGCAAUGGGAUGCGGGCAAUCAAGAUUAGAGAACGAAGAAUCGGUUUUGAGAUGCAAGGAGAGGAGGAAUCUAAUGAAAGAAGCCGUUUCCGUACGCAACGCCUUUGCUUCCGUCCACUCCGCCUACGCCAUGGCUCUCAAGAACACUGGCGCCGCCCUCAAUCACUACGCCCAGCAGCAGCCGAGUUCCGAGCCCCUUCCGCCGCCGCCGUUACCCAAUUUCUCCCCAAUGCCGCCGCUGCAGCGGGCUAUGACGAUGCCUGAGAUCUCGAAGCCGCCGGGGAAGAUGGUUAAGGGCAUCUCCUCCAUAGAUGAGGAAACAACAGAGAAGACGCCCCUAGAGGCGGCGCUGCCUCCUCCGCCUCCGCCUCCGCCGGAGAGUAAAGGCGCGGCGUGGGAUUAUUUCUUUAUGGCGGGAGGAUCAGUUGAGGAAGAAGAUGAUGGGUCAGUGGAGGAGACCGAAGAGGAUAAUAAUGGGGGUGUUGAAGAGUUGAAAGGGAUGGAGCAAACUCCGGCAAAAGAGAAACACUUUAUUAUGCAUUCCAACACGGCGGCGCCGGAGAUUAGAAAAUCUGGUGGGGGGUUUGGCAACAGUGAGGAUUUCUUUAAAGUGUUGGGUGAGAUUGAUGAUCAUUUCCUCAAGGCUUCGGAAUGUGCUCAAGAGGUUUCAACUAUGCUUCAGGCAACUCGCUUGCAUUACCACUCCAAUUUUGCUCAAAAUCCAGGACAUAUUGACCAUGCUGCAAGGGUUAUGCGUGUUAUUACAUGGAACAAUUCAUUUAAAGGUUUACCCAAUGGUAAUGGUAAUGGUAAUGGUGAUAAUGAUACAAAGGAUGAGUUGGGCAGUGAUGAAUAUGAGACACAUGCUGGUGUUUUGGAUAAGUUGCUGGCAUGGGAGAAGAAAUUAUACCAGGAAGUCAAGGCUGGGGAACUGAUAAAACAUGAAUAUCAAAAGAAAGUGAGGCUGCUAAACAAGCUGAAAAAGGGGAAUAAUGCUACUAAUUCUGAGGCAUUAUUGGAGAAAACAAAGGCUGGUGUUACUCAUUUGCAUACACGCUAUAUAGUUGACAUGCAAUCUUUGGAUUCAACCCUCACUGAACUGAACACUAUUCGAGACAAGCAAUUGUACCCAAAACUUGUUGACCUUGUUCAUGGGAUGGGCAGGAUGUGGGAAUCCAUGUACACACAUCAUGAAAACCAGCUGAACAUUGCUACUCACCUCAAAUCAAUUGAUAUCUCCAUUACUACUACUACCCCCAUUGAAACAAGCAAGCAUCACCUUGAGCAUACCAUCCAGCUUGCCAAGGUUGUUGCAGACUGGGGACAACAGUUUGAGAAUCUUGUGAAUAACCAAAAGAGUUACAUCCAAGCCCUAAACGCCUGGCUGAAGCUAAACCUGAUUCCCAUGGAGAACAGCAGCCUCAAGGACAAAACAAUCUCUUCUCCUCCUCCUCCUCCUCCCCCGCCAAUUCAGCCGCUCCUUCAAGCCUGGCAUGAGCUUCUCGAGAAGCUCCCUGAUGAGCUCGCUAAAAGCGCGAUUGCUUCCUUCGAAGCCGUGAUUAGGACCAUCAUUGUUCAGCAGGAAGAAGAAGUGAGGCUCAAGGAAAAGUGUGAGGAAACUAGAAAAGAAUACGUUCGAAAGAGGCAGGCGUUCGAAGAAUGGUACCAAAAGUAUAUGCAACGCAGAACAAUGGAGGCUGCUGACAAAGUUGGUGCAAUAAUGGAGACAACAAAUCCCAAAGAUCCAAUUGCUGAGAAGCAGUUUGUAGUGUUGAGCUUGAAGAAGAGAUUAGAAGACGAAAUCGAGGCUCACCAGAAGCAGUGCAUUGAAGUGAGGGAGAAAUCAUUGGGAAAUCUCAAGGUUAGACUGCCUCAGCUUUUCCAUUCCAUCACAGAUUACUCCCACGCCUGCUUAGAUGCUUACCAAAGAUUGGGGCUGCUAGUAGCACAGCAAUCCCAAAACCGCCCUACUUGAAGAUUGAAGUGUAUUUUUUUGUGUAAAGUACAAGGUGUUCUGGGUCUUUCUUCGUCUGUUUUGAGGUCUGGGUUCACCCAACUAAUCCCCGUUCGCUCUGAGAGGCAUGGAAGCUAGCCCAGAGGGAAUUGUCACUUGUGGAAUUGAACCCUUAUCCCGAUUCUUGAAAUUUUUCCCCACAAAGAGAAUUCAUUUGCUACUUGAGCUACCCAUUGGGUUUGAAGUGUAUUAUGUUUGUAUAGUUUUGGGCAAUUUGAUCUAUUGUCCAAACUUAACAUGCCUUGUUAUUAAAUGUAUUAGUAAAUUUCAUAA